CGAACAUGGUUCGAGGUGAAACGUGAGGCUGUUUCGCGUUGUCUCGUAGAUAUCGAUUGGUCCCGGCGCGGGCUCAAAUCGUGUGUCAUGCGGCGAUUAUGAGCGGUGUGUCUCUACGCCACGACAACGACGACGACGAAGCUUGGAGUUGCAUCACGUGAGAUCUAGUACAGAGAAUUAUCAACUGUAUUGUUUGAGAAUAUUGGUACUAUAUCUUGCUUAUAAUGGACCACAUGAUAAGUACAAGUGGAUAUAUUAAUAUGAAGAUGAUGAGGCAAUCACAUAUUACCUGUGGUUUUAUUUUUCAGGGGAUGAUGUGGAAAUAUCAAAAAUUUUGGCUGCUGUAAACUCUCCAGUACAUAGUUGAAAGAAAGGAAAUCUGAGAUGGACUCCCCACCAUCAUGUUCGCUAAGCGCUGGGCCUCUCAGUGAUCUUGGUAGCAGUGGCCUGGGGGGUUCAAUUUCCAGUGAUUCUGUUCGAGCACAUCUUGCAAUAGAGAUGCAGGAGAGUGACAUAGAGAGCAAAUCUCUAUCGCAAGAUUCUUUUGACUACUCUGACGGCAUGUGUGGUGAGAAUUUCAAUACCUUGAAAAAGGGCCCAGGCUGGAGCGAUGCGGACGGCAAGUUAGAAGUCGAAGUAGUUGAUGUGGCGAUCAAGCCACCACCGGAAUUUCAGGACAGCCCGUCGCCACCAGAUUCAGAAUCCUCAUCAGUACCAAUCUUGAGCUAUGCACGGCUGAUGAGACGAAUGCCAUACUGGAUGGAUGAUUACUCGGAGAGCUUGGUGCAGUCGAUGGUGGAGGAGGCGCUGGCAAUCUCAUGUCGCAUCUCCUGGCCGGAAGGGAGGAUCGUGCCGGCUACGAACCCGCUGCCAGUUGUGACGCGGGUGCAACAGUCCAAUCCUAAACGCAUGUGGGACCUGAUGGCGUCUCCAGUAUGCCAGGGUGCUGCCACCAUCACCAUCACUCCUUACAACACGCUGAACCGGCCGAAUUCGCGCUGCUCAUUGGCCUCCUCUAGGCUAUCCAGUUCACACAACUCUAUUAACACCACCGGGCUUGGUCACAAGGUCGAUGAUAGCAGUUUCAUCACGUCGGCAAUGUCGCACGACGUGCUCACCACCAGUGAGAUUAGUGAUAUGUACAACGUGCCGUUCGACUCGGACAUCUAUACGGUGCCGAUCGACGUGGUGCGGCCAUUACACGAUCUGCGAACGCCACAGCGGCCCAAACGCCACCGGCAUCGCAAGAGACGGCGAAACGUGUCCGCGAGUUCGCAGAGUGAGCUGGAGGCUCACAUCCAGCAGGCUCGUCAUUACUGCGGCAAGUCCCGGGCUAUCACACAUGUUAUUAAGUCGCAGCGUUUGUUGGCCGAGGUAUGCUGUAAUGACGGCAACAUCGGUGUCGGAGCUGGUGGAGGUAUUGCUGGUGGUGGCGGCAGCGGAGGCGGUGGAGGUAGUAGCGGCAGCGGAGGCGGUGGAGGUGGCGGCGGCGGCGGUAGUAGCGGUGGCGGUUGCAGUGGUGGUGGUGGUAAUGGUGGUGGUAGUGCCGGCGGCGGUGGUAUUGGUGGCGGUAAACGGCAUAGUGUGCCAGGUACUUCCGGUCGUCAUUGCGUUAGGACAUCGAAUGGACACGCGCACAACAUUGGCGAGCCGAUUCAUAUGACGCUGCACGAAGUGCGCCAGUACUUGCAGACGUUGUAUUCGAGCUCCAGCGAUUCAAGCGAAAACAAAAUGAAGCGGGAAAAGGCGCCGUUACUCGGCCACACACCAGUGCAUUUAGCUGCAACGCCCAAGGUCCUCAGUGUAAAUAACAAUAAUAGGUAUAGCAGUAAUGCGCACACAGACUCGUCCACGGACACGCCGGUAUCCAAUAAGAGUACCAGCAACGGUCUGAUGAUUCACCAUCACAACAAUAUAACAAAUAACAACAAUAACAAUAACAACCACAACAACAAUAACGGUAACAACGUGAAGAAGCACAAGAGGAACGCGUUCGUCGGCAUCAGGCAUAAGAAGACACGCGACGAGUCACACAAGGAGAAGAGCGAGUCCGAGCGGGAGAAGAUCAAGAAGAGCCAGCGCAACUUCUCGCUGAAUCUCAAGCAGACAUUGUGCAACAUUUUCCGAUUUCGCCGGCUGGGAUCGCCGGAUCACUUCGUGGAGAAGCGUAACAGCAUUGUGCAGGGCGAGAUCGUCGAGGAGGAAGAAGCGGGCGUCGAUUCUGAUCAGCAUACGACUAACAACAACAAUACCGCGUCCGAGACAGAACCGUCCGCACAAAAGUUGCCAUUUUUCAAGCGCGCGCUGCCUCCUUUACCCAAGAGCAGUAACGGCCAAGUAGGCGUGGAACAAGCAGAGGAGGCCCUCACGGCGAUGGUGCCUAAGUGCGAGUCCCCGACCUUGGUUCAGCAGGUCCCGCUGCCAGUUGCGCGACCCGAGGAAGACGCUGCGGAGGACACGAGCAUGGACUUUGCCGCUAGCAUCGAGAAAGUGAAGGACUACGGUUGGUACUGGGGACCUAUAUCCGGCGAAGCGGCGGAAAAGAUAUUAUCCAACGAGCCGGACGGCUCGUUCAUCGUGCGGGACAGCAGCGACGACCACUACAUAUUCUCUCUAUCGUUCAGACUCAACAGUUGCGUGCGACACGUAAGGAUAGAGCAUGACCAGGGUAAUUUCAGCUUCGGUAGCUGUACGAAGUUCAAGUCGCACACUAUCGUCGAUUUCAUCGAGAACGCGGUCGAGCACUCACGUAGCGGUCGUUAUCUCUUCUUCCUGCAUCGGCGACCGGUGCUGGGGCCGAUGAGAGUACAACUGCUGCAUCCGGUGUCGCGAUUCAAGCAGGUCCAGAGCUUGCAGCAUACGUGCAGGUUCGUCAUCUUAAAGAUGGUGCGAAGGGACCUUAUACCGACUCUGCCACUGCCACGCCGACUUAUCGACUAUCUCAGCACGCCUCAUUACUAUAGCGAGCAAUUGGCGACCGAGCAGGACGAUCGGGCCGAGUCACCCGUCAGUUCGUCAACCGGCGAGCUGGAGAAGAUUUGCUUCACGCCGCAGGGCCUGUCGUGAGAUACAGCCACACGACUCUUCUUUCCUACUCCUACUCCGCCCUGUUCUCUGUGCAAAGAGACAUUCGCGUCGGACGUCGCUCGCGGCGUUAACGGGAAUUUAAUUCGCCGCUUGAUUAAACUUUUCAUGGACAUGUAUAGAAAUUCGCAUCAUGGCUCGAUUGAAUUUCUGCCGACGCGCGGAAGUUUAACGUACAGUUCGCUUGUUCCGAAUCUUGUCUGACGUACAUUUUUCAUUGGUCGUCGUGUCAAUUUUCGCGGUUCGAUUUGAUUCACGGCUUAAUUCAUUUUUGACUUAUGCAUGAAUAUUUUGUUACCCGAUCGAAUUUGCGUUCGUCGAUGCACAAAGAGUUUAAUGGCUUUAUCAAGGUUUUGUCACGCUAGAAUUUAAUUUGCUGUUAAAUCGAGUCUUGAUUAACAUAAGGGAAUUCAUUUGGCGGUUUAAUCAAAUCCGUUUCCAUGUAAAAGUGUAUAGUUCACGAUCAAAUGAAAUUUUCGCUUACGCGUCAAAAUUUAAUUCCCGCUCGAUUAGAUUUUUGUUACCGUCAAGCGUGACGUAAAGUUAAUGAUUAUGCACCUGUGAUUUCGAUCAUUUUGAUGGCGUAUCGAUUCGUAAAAUGAGUAUUGUGAUUAAACUUGAAAGUAGAGGAAUUUACGGGGAUUUUUCCGGAUGUGCACCAUAUACCUAGAGCUGCAAAUUAUGGUCGUUUCAAAUUGUUUGAUUUUUUCAUUAUCGGAAAAAUUUCAUUUCAUGCUUUCAACACAAGCUACGAUAUUGCAAAAAUUCACUUUGUGCUUAUCGCACCGCUGGUAUCUAUCACGCAGGAGACAACAAUUUCUUUCCUUUCUUCGCGAUAGUAAUUGCACAAAAUUAUUAAAAUAUUUUUUUUUUAUAAGAAAUAUUCUCGCGCAAACAUUAUCUUUUACCUGAAAGGGAAUAAUGAUGAAUCAUUUAUUUGGUUAUUUUUAUGAAUAUCAUGUUUGUUUUAAACAUUAUUAAAACACGACAUUUAAAUUUUUUUCUCAAAUUUAGUGUCGUUACUUUUCCUCGCGAUUAACAGAUGCGAUUCUAUGCAGCUUGCUCGCAGCUAAGAUCGUAACUUAAGAUCGAUGAUCUGUGGAGUAUUUUGCGAAACAGGCGAUUAAUUAAGCAGAAAUUUCUCGACAAAAUCGUUUCUUGAUCUCCUGUCGAAUUAUAUUCACUUUAUAAUUGCAUCUUCGUUAAUUUCCACAGUGAAAUGAUAAGAGACAGAGGAACACUCACCGAGCUGAGUACAAAAUCAAUUCUGUAUAGCCUUUUUUAGUUUAGUUCCUUUCUGUCGACUGUAACGAAUGGCAAGAUUAUAUGUGACAUAAGCAACGCAUAUUAUCCGUUUAUAUGUAUACAUAUAUACAUAAAUACAUAUAUAAAUAUAUAAAUAUACACGUACAGAGAAACACAGUAGUCGGAUAAGGGAAAAAAUAAGCGAAAACUCCUCUUUGUGUGCCAUACUUGCACCUUUUGUCAAAGCUUUCGCGAAUUAACGUCGGGAUUUAGUUUGAAGAAUUAUAUUCCGUUCGUUGCAGUCAAACUUUCGAUUAGACUCGAGAGAGUUGUAUCUCCCCUAUAAUUCAGGACAAAUUCGGAGUCGAUUUAGUCGAUUCAGACUGACUAACCGCCAGAUGAUUAACUUAAUAAGAACGUAGGACUAUGUAAGUCGCAUUUUGCAAUCUUUCCGAAAUCUUUCUUUUACGAAUCGAUUACGCGAAACUACGCAAAAAUUAUCUUGGCUAUAAAAGUUUUUAUAUAAAUAUAUAAGUAACCAAAGGGACUUCUGACACAAUAUAAAGGGUAGCUAAUGUCGCAAUGCGCAACUCGAUAAUACGUCGCGUUUAUUUAACUAGCCAAUUCUUCAAACUAUUAUUAAUGUUUAGUUGGUGGGAUUCUUAGAAACGUUAAUGACUGGUGCUUUGCGACAUUAUUAUUAGUCUUUAUUUCGUACAAUUAGGAUAAGUCGUGCGUUCAUUCGUCUUGUGCUGGAACAAGCCUGUAACGCAGCAUCGUGCAAUAACAUUCGGGAAUUAAUCAGAUUCGUGGGAAGCAACGUGAAAGUCCAUUAAUUCAUCUUUAUAAUUACUUUCUCGUACAUCCUUGUGUUUUUCAACUCUGCACUCGCGACUUCGUUAUCGGAGUCACAUUAGGUCUGUUCGUUUUCGCUGCACCGCUGAACUAGUGCAAUAAGUUGAAGUGAGAAAACAUAUACUUGUCUCGCUUCAACUUAUUGCACUGGUUUAGCGGUGCAGCGAAAACGAACAGACUUAUUGUUACGUGCUUCUGCAGAUUGCGAAAGAGUGACGCGAGAUUUCCAAGCUUGUCAGAAGGUAGAAACUUAUUCCGACCAAUUUUCAUCUUUCCAUGUUUCCUAGAGCUUAAACAACGUGGCAUUAGUAUCGCAAUAGAUCUUCCAAAGGAAAACUCCUGUCGCAACUUGUAACCGAGUGUAAUAAGGACACGUUUACUUAUACGCAGACUCCCUGUUUCUUUCCUUCAUCAACCUUCUCCUUUCUCUUUCUUUUCCUUCUUCUUCUUCUUCUUUUUCCAAUAUAACGUCGUCGAGAAAUGAUUUGUUAAUUAACUUGCUAUUUCGAUACAAACGGACGGUAGUUUAAGAUACUUUUCUCAUGAAAUGAGUCAUUUGAAAAAAUCUGUUUUUGCACUUUGACAAAUUGAAGAACACACAUACACACGUAUAUGUAUACAAGGCACAAACAUACGUACAUAUAUAUGUGCAUACAUAUAUAAAACACACAUAACACGUACAUAAUACGAAUAAAUUUUGUACUCAGUACCCACUCGGUAGAUUUUGCAAUACGAUUACUAUUAAUAUUAACGAGAACGUCCAAUGGACUAAGCGAAUCCUGCGCGAAGGUUCGCGAAGCAUGUGCAUAUAGCUAAUGAUUAAUAACGGCACCACAGUACCUCACAGUCACAGGGGGAGGUAUACAUAUAUAGAGCAGAAUUAGUAAGGUUUUAUAACGAGCGUAUUUACGUCGGCAUAAGUUGCACACAACACGCAGACACAUACCCAGGUCACGUAUAUACACGACGCGCGUCCUCGCUUCACGAGGAAGUUGUAAUUGUUAAGAGACCGUUUUUAUUUAGAUAAGAUUAUGUUUUAAGGGUUAGUUGCAUUAACAGGCUCGAUUUUAACCGAUGCGAUCGCAUUUAAUUCUAAAAUAUAGCGAGCGAGACUCUCAGUUAUAACCGCGCGUUAACCUUAGUUUUAAUGAAUUAUAUUGUGACAUAAUAGAGUUUACGAAUUAAUUUAUACGAAAAUUUUUUUUUAUAAUUAAGCGAUCGAUCUUGGCUGAAUACCGAUAUCGAGCUGAUUUGAAUUUUGAAUUAUCUUCAGUCAAGCGUGGUUAGUGCAAUCGUCCCUGGGAAUUAGUUGUACCUUAAUUAAUUAACUCUCUAUAGACAGAGAAAUAGUCUUAGCCGAAAAUAUAUAUGAAUAUAGAUAAGAUGAAAAGAUUUAUUUAACCGCAGUUUAGUGCUAACCGACGUUUCUGUUAGCCAUAGUUGGUGCAACCGGCUCUAAAAAUUACUUGUAAGGAAAACGCAGCGAGUUCCACGCCAAGCGAGAGACCUCCGAAGGCUGCAGCAUGUCCGACAAACUAUUGCGAUAAUUGUCACGUAAGAACGCGUGUUUGCAUCGUAAUUGAAACGUUUAGCGUUUAAACAACCGAGAUUACGACGAAAUUAGACAAUGUAAGGGUAACUUUCACCAAAUUGCGUUUAAGUCAAUCGACAACUUAAAAUUACUAUCAGUUAAGUCUUCUCUAUUCUAAUACAGAUCCUUUCUAACACAGAUAAAAAUUAAUUCUUCGAUUAUUGUUGAACAGAACUGAAAAUUCGUCUUUUGACAAUUCUUAUUAUUAUUCAUCGAUUAGCCUAAUCAGAGUUUAGUGAAAGUCACUCGAAAUCGAGAAGUAGUUAGUCGGCGUUCAACGCUAAAUGCGAGCACGCUCGCGGCCCGAGUGAGGCUCAUCCAGAUAGCUCAACAAAUCCCCGUCUUCGAUCGUCGAUUAUGCGUGAAUCAGGCGACGGGAGGUGUACGUGUCAAACGUUUUUGUAUAUUUGUACACACUUUCAACGUUGGCGCCGCGCAGAAGCGAUUGCCUUUGAAUGUACACUUCUUCUAGCGAAAUGUGAUAUUACUGAUAAAGUCGGACGGUCGCGAUUAGAUCGCCGUUUCGCGUUAUGAGCGAAUGCUGGAAACGUUUAGACGAAUCGAACGUUCACAUUGCAGGAUGUCCCGUCGCAUAAUAAAGCUUUCGAAGCGUGACGUAACUUCGCGGGGCACCCUGCGCCACGGAAUGUAGCUUUCCGGCCCUGGUUGUGAAAAACGUGGUAAAUUCGUUCGAUGAUCCUCGAUCGCGAGAGCUCGAUCGCUUGGCGCGGAACAUAGAAUGUAUCCUCUCGUGUAUGCCAAAGUAUGCAACCGUACCCAAAGUACAGCAUCUUCUUUGUAUUUCUCAUACGAUGUUAAAAAUACGUAAUUUCGCGUACAAAAGUUUUUUACAUGAUCAUUGGUCACGUAAAUUAUUUAUAUUUAGGCAGAUCCGUGACUCGACAAAAGAAUUAUUUCGAAUAUAUAGGUGGGAGGACGUGGAGAAGGUGUCAAGAGGAUUUUAUAAAAUAUUGAAGAAAUAUAUAAGAUGUUGUACUUCGGCGGUACGAAACAGAUACAUUAAAAUCUUAUUGUUUUACAUACAAUUGCCGAAUGCUAGUCACAAAUACUGCAUUUUUUAGUUGGAAUUCAGUAUUGUUUACUAAUAAAAUACCAAUUUAAUGCGAAGUCCUUGUAUUUAUUUUUGCUGACGUUUGAAUCCAAGCGAAAAGGAGGAUGGGAAUAAGAAAGAGCAAAUUGCGAAGGUUCGAUUUCAGGAGACGAGCGAAUUCAUUUGUUGCUAUCAUAUAACACGACUAUGAACAUUAAAGUGCUCAAUAUGAGCGACAUAAUGAAGAAUCGAUUUCUUCAAGACGUGGACUUGUCCAAUUUUUGAAGUCGGAUCUAUGAUUCGACCAUGAAAAUUAAUUAUUGUAUACGACAAGGUAUAUUAAUUUAUUUAUUCUAGUCUAAUGUACAGGGUGUUUCGCGUAAAGCGACUCGAAGCCAUGUGUGUGUGUGUGCGUGCGUGUGUAUGUAUGUAUGCGCGUUAACACUUUGCGGUCCGCGGUCCACCCGAAGGCUUGACCGAAGAUGUUUGAACUUAUCGAAGGUAUAAUACGAAAUUACCCUCGCUUAUUUGGUUUUUUUCUUAUACAAAUGUUGAUAUCUAAAAUCAUCAUAUCAUAAGUUCAUCAUAUGUUUCGAUUUAUCGAUAAAACUAAUGUUGUCAAAUCGCAAUGGCACAGUGCCGUUGACUGACUGCAUCGUCGAAAUAAGUACGACGGUACCAUGCCGUUGAUGGGCUGUAACGUCGAAACGAGCGCAUCAUGCCGUCGACGGACCGCAAAGUGUUAAGAAACAUUAGGAACACGAAAAAUAAUAAAAAGUAGUUAAAAAAGGAAAAAAUCAAUAGAGAAUCCACUUUUAAUAUGAUCGUCCUCGGAAUCGAGAGAAACGUCCUUUUCCGAAGAAAAUUACUCGACGCUACUCGGACCGAGACGCCUUAAAUGGGACACCCUGUAUCUUCGUCACCAAGUUCGAUUGUCAGAGUGGAAUGUGCGCGAUAAUCAGACGUCUUCUGCGGAUUUUUUAAUUUUGUAAAUACGAUAUAUGCCAUAUAUAUAUAAUACAUAUUAUAUUAUAUAAUAUAAUAUU